AUAGGCCCAACUCAAUAAAAUAAUAUCCUUCAUUCACUACGGAUACUCCGGUCAUCGUCCCCGACGAACAUAGGUAUCACUGCCAGUGUUGACUUUGAUCAGAUCGGCGCCGGAAAUGGGAAACACGAGAAUCUUAAUCUUCACUUUGGCUUGUGUAGCCUUACUCUCCGUAGUGAAAGCUCUUCCUCACGAACCACAACUUGGCUCAGCUCGUGUCGUCUUCCAGACUAGUUAUGGAGAUAUCGAAUUUGGAUUCUAUCCCACGGUGGCGCCAAUAACGGUGGAGCACAUCUUCAAGCUCGUUCGUUUAGGUGGCUACAACACUAAUCAUUUCUUCAGGGUUGAUAAAGGUUUCGUUGCUCAAGUUGCAGAUGUGCCGAAUGGAAGAUCAGCCCCGAUGAAUGAGGAGCAAAAGAAAGUAGCGUACAAGACUAUUCUUGGAGAGUUCAGUGAUGUCAAGCAUGUCAGAGGCAUCCUUUCCAUGGGAAGACAUGAUGAUCCAAACAGUGGUGGAUCUUCAUUCUCGAUGCUUCUUGGUGAUGCUCCUCAUCUUGAUGGCAAGUACGCUGUGUUCGGUAAAGUGACUAAAGGAGAUGAAACAUUGAGGAAGCUUGAAGAAGUUCCCACUCGCCGUGAAGGCAUCUUUGUAAUGCCGACGGAGAGGAUCACCAUUUUGUCGACAUACUAUUACGACACUAAGAUGGAGAGCUGUGAAGAGGAGAGAACUGUCCUGAAAAGAAGGCUUGAAGCAUCUUUUCUUGAGGUGGAAAGACAGAGAAUGAAGUGCUUCCCGUGAAGACCUUUGUUAAGUUAAAAAACUGUUCAACAAAGAAAAACCGACAUGUAUGUUUCUUUUUUUGCCGUUAAAAAACUCUGGAUGCUAAGACAGAUUCAUUGGUCUUAGAGUGUAACAAGUGUAAAAAAAAAACUGGUUGAGAAACAUUUGAUCAUGGUUUGUUUC